CCAUGCUUCAAUACUGUCUUCAUCAUCAAGCCAGUUAAGUUCUACCUUCCUACUGUUUUCAUCCUGAGAUACUAAAUUUGGACUGAAAUACAAUGAAAGAGUAAAAAAGAAGACCAAUCAGAUUGUAAUCUGAAUAACAGCUCCUGGAAACAAAACAAUGGACGUUAAACUCAAUAGGGUUGACUAUCUGCAAGUUGGUCUAACCUCACCCAAUACGUUGAAAGUAUUGAGUCCAGGUUCAUCAGAUAAUCAUAUGACCAUUGUAGCUGUGGUUGGUGACCAUUCAGGUUCCCUUUGUUGCUUCUCACUGCGCCAUGAUUCAACCAAUGUUUCAACCAUCUUUAAAACUCUUCCAGGUCCGAAUGCCAAAAUAACCAGUGUUCAAGUGGUUCGUGGCUCAUCUUCAUCAGCUUCCCCUAAAAUACUAGUCGCCUUUGGUUCAUCUGUGAUUCGUGGUUACACUGCCAAAGGAAAACAAUUUUUUGGCCUCGAGUUGAACAACUUAACCGAACCUAUUCGUCAUUUACAAAUCAAAUGGCCGGCUGAUGUUUACAUCUGUGGCCACUUUAUCUAUAACCAUUAUGUGCUUACCUCAGAAUCGGCUGAGGCUGACAAUAAAUCAUCAAUAAUUCAGUCAAAAAAUUUCUACGUUUCUCCUGGUAAAAUAACUGGACUCAUUUUAAUCGAAAAUAAUUUAACCAAGAAAACAGUGCCAAUUAUAUCAUGUGAAGAUAGAUUAAUACGCAUUUUGAAGGACUCAAUGUGCCAAUAUGAAAUCGAAACCUGUGGAAUACCAAAUGUCUUGUUCUCGUUGAAUAAGCUGAACCGAUCGUCGGAAAGUUUCUUCACUUAUGGUACUUUGGAGGGCAAAGUGGCUUUAAUUUCAUUAGAUUUCAGCAAAAAUCCAUUGAAAGCGGUUCAUAAAUGGGAGAUUCCUGAGAAAGGUUCCCGAGCUCAGGUCAAUUGUAUUGCAAUGAUGGAAUCAACCGGUGAAUUGUAUAUUGGACGUUCAGAUGGUUCAAUUGAAGUUUGGAUUUUUGUUGAAACAUUAGAAGCUGAUGGAAGUCAAUCGAUUAAUGUUGAUCUCAGACCAAUUUUUCGAACUGAAUUCAAUUGUGGGGAAAGUUUAACUUCAAUAUGCAUCUGUCGCGAUGGGACUUUACUGCUUUGUUGUACAUUUACUGGAUUCAUCUUUGGCUUAACACGCAAUCAAGUUGUUAACUUGACAAAUGAUCAAGUCUCGUUGAUGAUGUCUCGUGAUGCCGAAACUCGGAUUGAAACACUAAAAAGUGAAAUUAAUGAUCUUGAGAAGAAAAUUUCUCGCGAAAGAGAGUAUUAUCAAGAUUUGACUUCAGGUUUUCCUGCAAAAGGAUUUCGAUCAAGUCCAGGUUAUUCAGCACUUCCAUAUUUUGCUAUUAAUGAUUCAAUGAUUUUACAAGAAGAUGCUUCCUACCUUUUAACGUUAGAAUCUGAAGUGGCCAUUGAUUCGAUUGUGGUUCAAAGUGAUAUACCCAUUGAUUUGCUUGAUUGUGAACGUAAUUCAGCUGUUGUUACAUUCAAUGAGAAUUGGUCUUCAGAAGUUUUAGCAACCUUUCGAUGUCAGGCAAACACAACAAGAAUUGAAAUCAAGAUUCGUUCAAUUGAAGGCCAAUACGGAACCUUAAGGGUUUACAUUAUGACAAGGAUGAGCCCUAAAAGCUGUCAAGUUAAACAUUACACCAUUAAAGCAUUAUCUUUACAUAAAAGAACUCAUAACAAUUUAAAUCAAACGAUUGAUUCCACUCAAGUUAACCAACUUCAUAUUUUUGGCUCCUUUGGUCUCAAUGAAUCUCUCAAUUGGCUACAAUUGUGUUUACCAGAGAUUCCUGAGCGUGUUAAUAUUAACAAUUCCUCUUCAAUGAAAUACACCUUUAUGUCAACCCUGAUGGAUACCUUUUUGAUUGUUGAUUGUUCAAAAGGAUCACUUACUUUUCAAUCGGACAAUAUAUCAACCAUUUCCAUUUUGAAAGAUUUCCUUACCCGUGAAGCAACCAAAAAAUCAAUUCCAAUUGAGAUGACUUUAAAAGUUAAUGGAAUCAGCCUUGGACAGACAAUUAGAAAGUUGUUUCCUAAAUUGAAACAAUUGCUGGGUGAGAAAAGAAAAGGUUUGCUCUUAGAGGCAAUCAAAGAUUUACGAAUUAAUGAUCCUGAAAUUGCUAAUUCAAUGUUGACAGAACUCAAUGUUGAAUUACCCUCGAUUCCAGUUCAAUUCAACCUUGAGCGACUUUACGGUCUUAUCACUGAUCUCUACCUUGAUUAUAUCAAACUCGAAGGGAUCAAUUCUAGUGUCAAUGUGACAAACAUUAAAACUAAAUUGAACGAGUUAAUUUCACUGAUAGAAGAAUCAAAAGGAAACGAACAGCAAUUUGAAACGUUGAUAGAAAAUCUCAACGAAUUUUGGGGUCUUCGAACCUUAACUUAGGUUCAGCUUAUAAAACAAUUUAAUUUAAAUUAAUAGAAGUUAACAUUUUAAAGUUGACAAUCAAUUGUAAAGCAACUAGAUUUUUCCAUAAAAAAUGAAAAUAUUGCAUUUCUUGCUUGUCUUUUUAAAGAUCAGUUGUCAGCUGAUUAAUCAGAUGAAAUAUAAAUUGUAGUUCAAGUUUAAAAGGUUAAUCAUAAUGAAAUAGUUUGUUGAAUUUAUAUUAAAUUUGCUCUUCCAAUGAUGUAAAAAAGGAAUCAUUAAUUUAUCGGAUUUACUCAAAACCAGAAUUUUUGUCGAAUUAGCAAAAUUAAACUUUUCUUUUUGCACUCAA